AGUCCUGUUGCCGUUGCCAGGGACAACACCAGCACCAGCAGACGCUCACAGGCGGGUCAUCUGCAAUUUGUAGUUUUUAACGAAUUCAAUUUUUGCUUUGACAACUCAGAGUUUAUUUUGGAUGCAUUGUGGUCUUUUUUAGUGUAAAAUAUCAUCACUGAGUGAAAAUGCCACCGAAGCAGGCCAAAAAGGGUUCAGCAAAGAAGUCCAGUGCUCAGACCAAAGUGAACAAGAACUGGGAAGCUGAUCUCAUUAAAGCAGAGCUGGAAGAGUCACCUGUUACCUGUCUAGCUGUAAUCUGAUUGGGUGUAUCCAACAACACGUGACCAGAAAUGAUACACAACAAUUUCCCGCGUUGUCCCCCCUCAGCAGGACGCCAUGUUUUGGAAUCAUGGCGAGCCUGUGUGUCUUUUGUGGUUGGAGGAAGUCCAGAGGAAGAAGAACUGAUCCAGGUCUUGGCUCUGGCUGCACAGAAACCAUUACGCAGACUCUUUAGCCUGCUGACCUGGGACAGCACUCUUGCAAAGAUUCAAGAAUUGGGGAAUCCCAAAGCUAAGAAACCUGAUGACAUCCCUAUGUUUUAUGAGGUUACAGAGCCAGCUAAGUCGCUCCUGGAUGCAGGACAGGAGAUUCCCUGUGACCUGAUGGCCAAAAUACUGAAGUUCCAGCUUCUACAAAUCAAAUCAAGUGCUCAGCAGAGGAGGGAGAGAGAGCGGGCAGAGGAGGAAAAGGCAGAUGCUGAUCCCCCUCCUGCCAAGGAUAAAGAAGGGGCUAAGUCUUCUGAUAAAAAGGGAAAGCGUACGCACUCACCUGUGGAACCUUCCACGAAGAAGAAGACACAACUCAAACGCAGGGAUGACGUGGAACCACCUACAUUUAUUGAUGACGAACCAGAAGAUGGUCCUCAACAUUACAUUCUGGUCCUGGGUUUUCACCAGCCCCACCUGAUCAAGGCACUCGAUGCCGUCAGUGUACAAGUAGACAAUGUUAUCAAACUGUGUUCAGAGCACACACAAACUUCUGAGGAGCUGCAGGAACAACACACAUCUGACUACAAGGACCAGAAUGUAAGACCAGCGUCAGGUUUGGAUCAAGAAGCAGAGGUUUUUGAGGCUGCUGAGGCAAAGAAGUUGGAUCUGUUCUGGUCCGAACUGAGAGCAGUUUUGGACAGCGGGCCACCAAGGUGCAUGCUCCAUGAUGUGGUUCAGCUCAGCUAUUCUGUCCAGGAUCUUGUGCCUCCCUUCAACAAACAGGACCCUGAAGCUGAGCUAGAGGUAGGCAGCCAAGUCUUUGAGGGUGUGGCUCAUCUCAUCUAUGACUCUCUGGAGUGGCGCAGGCAACAUCAGCACUACCUGAACAGCAUGAAACUCAUCAGUGUGCCCACUGUUAUUGGGUUGGAUCCUCAGCCUGCAGAGAAAUCAACACUGGAGAGAAACACAGAAGUACUAGGGAGAGAGCAGCCUCCUCUCUCUACAGACGUGGACAUGCGUUACUACAACAACCUACUUGACCUACUUCCCCCUGAAGCCUGCUCUGUGCCUCUAAUCUUAGACUGUAUGCUGGAACAGGUGGUGAUUUCAAAAGAGCAGUCCACCCCACACCCAGUCACUGAGGAGCCCAAGCCUCCCAGUGAUCCCGGGUUAGAGCUUAGGCUGCUCAGCUUCAUGCUUGAAAGCUUCCUGCCUCUGUUGCACACAAAAGAGGAGAAGAGCCAACUGCUAAACAAAAUGCUCACAAAAGCACGAAAUGAGGAGGACAAGAAGAGGCUUAUUGAAAUGUUUGGAGCUGAGGAGCCUCCAAACAAGUCCGAGCACACCCAGGUUAUUAGGCACCAUGAUGAGAGAGCACUGCGCCUGAGGGAAAUCAAGGUGGUUGAGGGUUUUAAUCCAGAAGAAGUGGAGUCCUCCAUGAUGAGGCUCUCUCCCAUGUGGGAGCUGAUCCAAUCUGUGGCUCAACACAGAAACAGCAGCUCCUCUUGGAUGGCCGUCAAACAGCAGCUACAACACCACUGCACGGAUGAUGUUGUGCCAUGGCCAGAGGUGGAGCGUUUGUUCCAGCAGAGUGUAUUUGAAAGUAUGCCACUGAACAAACUGGACCAAAAAGGUAUUCUGGUACAUGCCUCUGGACCACUGGGAUCGAUGGAGCCAGCACAGCAACAGAGACCUGUGAUAAUCCCCUGGGACAACCCAGCUUCUUACAGUAAACAGAAGCUAGAUGAUCUACGAAAUAAAGGUCCAACAUUUCUCACAGAAAAUCCUGCUGAUGCAGAGAUCAAUGGCAGAGUGAGCUGCCAGCUAGACCUGACAGACAUCCAAAGCUGUAGGCUGAGGUCUCUGUUCGACUGGCACUAUUCUGAACACCACAAUAGCUCCAUCUUCCCACAGGUGCUCCAGUUAGCCUCAGAAGAAUACAGCUGCCUGGAAACCUUCAGAGGAAGUCUGAAAAACAUCAUGUACAUUUUUUGUCACAAUCCAAUGAGCCCUAAUCGCCAAUGCAAGGAGCUCUGGGAUGUAACUCUUCACACUGAUGUCAAGUUCAGGAAGUAUCUGGAGCACGUCAGAGAAGCUGUUUCAGACUGGACCGAAAAAGAAGAACUGAAGAGAGAAGAGAUAAGACUCAGAAACAGUCGGCCUGCUGAGUCUCCAAAAGAGGAAAAGGUUAAAGAUUCUGCCAAGGAGGAGGAAGAGGAGGACACUCUGGAGCCAGUUAUCAGAAAAGAUUCGCUCAAAGCAUGGAAGUUGGAGCAGGAGAGGCUGAAGGAGGAGGAGAUUGCUAAGAAAUCCAAGAAAGACAAUCCCCCAAAAUCCAGGCAGCAGAAGGAGGAGGAGGCUAAGUCUGCACACAACAAGAAAAGCAAAGCUUUGACAAGUGGCAAGAAAAGCCGAGCAGAGACCGCAGACAGUUCAGCCAAGACCCCGAGAGAGCCCGUGACUACCACAGCGCCCUCUGGGGAGGGAGAGCGAGAACAGCAUCCAACAGAGGAGUUGUUCAAUGGUUUCACCGGCUACAGCAUGGACGGAAAGUUGAUUCAUGUCUCAGGUGGUCUUCAGUCUCUGUUCCCUUCAGAUGGAGGACACAUCACUGUGGAGAAUGUCAGCUUUAUUGAAGGUUCCAGCUUGAUGAAAGUGACUGUGAAGAAGGAUGGGCAUCAUCUCUGUACACACAUCAACCACGUUGUUGAUGAUCAAGCAAAAUUUCCAUCUCAGCCCCAAGACAAAGAGCCCAGUGUCAAGGAUUUCAAAGAGUCAGAGCCUGUGGGGAAGACUCGAGUGAAGCAGGGCUCCCUCUCAGCAGUUUUAGACAAAGGAAUCCGCCUCUCAUACAGUUACUAUGGUCCCACAGGAGAACAUAGAGUGAAUGCCCUUGAAACGGAGACCUCAGACGUCCUCCCCAGUCCUCUCUCCUCCUCUCUACAACACUUAAAGACUGAGGUGUAUGAGGCACAACCAACAACAACGUCGACUCCAUUCAACAGUCUCAACUUGUCUCUUCCUAAUGGCCUCCUGCUGCAGCUCCUAAAAGAGGAAACACAUGGCGUGUCCGCCGAGGAGCAGGGUAUUUUGGUGAAACAGGGCUUUCCUCUCGGUAGAGGUAGAGGAGUGGCUGGGCAGCUUCAGGACUCUUCCCUCUCCAAAGAACUGUCCCGAAUCAUCACCAGCCAGGGAGCUGUUAUUCGAUACAUGAGGGACGGGUCUACCCAGGUUCUGUUUGCAGAUGGCACGGUCAGUUUUGGCCAAGAUUCUGGUCCAGUGUGGGUUCCUGACUCUGAUCUCGAGGAGGACAACCCCCCUCAGGGCGCCAAUGACACAAAGACCAGUAAGACAGAAGAGGUCUCAGAGAAAGAAGCUGACUCUCAGAGAGGGUUUUGGUUAACUACUACUCCAUCUGGAACUCGCAUCCACACUGUGGGUACAACACACAAACACAUCCCAGCCAAACCUCUUCUUGCCUUUAAGGCUACGGAUCCCAUCACACAUGAGGUGAUGCUGAGCAGAGAGGAUCUGGUGAUUUCUGUCCAAGACCCUGAUGGAUCUCAAAUUGUAGAACAUGCAGACGGAACCAGGAUUACAAGUAUCUACCAAGACCGACCGCCAAACACACUGCAACACCUCCUUCUACACCCAGGGAAGCAGCGGGGGAGUGUGCCCUUUGGAUCAUCAUCUGUUUGUGCAUGUGGCUGCAUUGAGUGUGAGUGUGAUACACGCUGUGCUGCCAGCAUCAAUGAGAAAGUGCAGAUCCGGGACACUUAUGGAGAAAAAACAGGCCGGAGCAGUGAGAGAGAAGGUUUUGGACUAAGUGAAUGUGAGCACAGGUGUGAUGAUAGAGGAGGUAGUGCUUGUAAGCAUGGUGAGGAGAGCAUGUUCGCAGAGGAGAAUGGUAAAAAGAGUUCAUGUGACGGCGAUACCAAAGAGCAGCUGGUGUUAGUUGAGAAGGAGGGCUGUGCCACUGUGGUGAUGUACCCAGAACGACACAUGGCUCAUGUCUUCUUAGCUGAUGGGACUGUCAUCACUGGAAACAACCAAGGAGCCUAUCAGGUGUUCCCAUCCAGCGUGGGUCUCUUGCAGAUUCAAACUGAUGGGAAGUGUGUGUACACCUCUGACCCUCCUGUAACCCCAAGCCCUAACAAUGGCACUCCAACAAACCAACCAGGAAGCUACACCAUGAGUCAUACAGACAAAGUGGCCUGUGAUAUCACAGACCCUGAUGGGAACCACUUCCAGGUGAUGGAAGAUGGGCUGUUAUCUGUGCUGAACUUCAGUCCUGCUCCGAGCACAAUGAAACAAGAGGAGGAGCCAGAAGAAGAGGAGGAUAGAGAAAUAGCAGUGAUCCAUGCAAAACAAAGAGAACACUGCCCCAGACUGUUUGUGGUGCAUGAGGAUGGCUCUGGUACUGAACUGCUGAGCUCUCAGACUGUAGAGGAACUGCUCUACCAGGCGUACUCUGACCCCACCAUCAAAGUGCUGAAGGAACCACUGCCAGACAGACAAGAUGAGUUUGGCAUAACCAUCCUCAAGCCCAGCCAGCAGAGUGUGUGGUCCCAGUGGUUGCUAGGGAAACAGAACCCCAACAUUACCCCUCCCAACCUCAGAAACCGCACCUGGCAUGACUUCCCCAGAACAGAGGUUAAGGUUCCAGGGCCUCCGUUUGGUACUAACCUGGGACAAGGUUUGACUCUGAGAGAGAUGUGUCGUGGUUCAGCAGCACAGCGUCAACCCGUCAGGAGCUGCCCUAAAGUCCUGGAGAUCAGGGAACUGUGUCAGCACCAUAAAGUCACGGCUCCACUCAAAAAUACUAUCGACACUCGACUAAAGGGAUACAUUGAAAGUGUGAUGGAGAGGGAGCAACGAUCAGAGGACAUGAAAAUGAAAGAGCCUCGCACUGAGGAGGAGAUCACUCGUGCAAGUGACCUACUCAACUUAGUCCUGUCUUUUGCAGAAGAAGAGGAGGCUGGUCUGUCCUUUGACAAGAGAACAUCAGAGGACAUAGCCAAUCUGUACAGCCAAGGAGUUGAGGCCCCAGCUGAGCUGGAUGUUUCAGAAGACACAGCCACCGCAUCCUGUGACAGUCUUACUAGUGGAAGAGAGUCAAAAUGGGCUGGACGACUUGCACAGCACAGACAGGAACUAUCUGAGGAGAAAGUGUGUCUACAAGCUCUGAGGAAGAAGAACAUUGUUCCUUUUUUCCACCCAGAAAAUGAUCCAUUUUACCACAAACUGGUUGAAUCUGCUUCAACACACCAAAAACCAGACAUGAGGAGUCCCUCCAUGGCUCUCCCUCCGAUCCCAAGGUCAGACAGUGCUGACGCCAUGCUAAGAGAUGCCCCACAAGAAAGCACCCCACGACCGUUAAACCCAACACCCUCUCAGUCUGCAAGUCAUGGAGCAGAAAGUGACAGGGUGCUUAAAAAAAGACCAACCAACCCACAGCCUGACACUGCUGGUCAAAGCAUUCUGAGAGGCUCAUCAGGGCAAACUAAGGCUCUCCAAGUGGAUGUGACUGGAAAGCCGAGGAGGACUAGAGUCAAACUACCAACCUCUAUCCUCAGCUCGAAGCCCAGGAGUGUACCAAAUGAACAGUUCCUUUCAGUUGAAGAGCCAGUAAGGAGGAAGUCUAGAACUAGCUCUAUGGCCAAUCCAAAUGUCAUCAUAUGGGGAUUCCAGCUCCUCCCCUCCAGGGUUCACUUUGGUACACUGCAGGAGGGCACCUCCUCAGCCAUUACUGUGGUGAUGAAGAAUGUGGGUGUCGACACCUGCAGAUUCCAUGUGAAGCAGCCUCCUCCUACUACAGGCCUGCGGGUCAUCUACAAUCCUGGGCCUGUGGCUGCAGGUUUGCAAGUUGAGCUGAAGGUUCAGCUGUUUGCCAUGUGUGCAGCACAAGCAGGAGAGGUAGAGCCAAAAAAAUACACAGCUUGUGAUAUUAUCAUCCACACUGAGACGGACAUCCUCUACCUGCCUGUCACUGCUACCAUCCUUCCUGGGAGGUUAUAUGACAUUUGGCUCAAGGACCACAACAAGAAAGGCUCUAAGGUCCGUCGGCAGUCUUCAGGCCUACCAGUUGGACAAGGGUCCAUACAGCCCAUUUCUCCCCUGGCCAAGCCUCCAGACAACACUAGUGUGUGAGGAAAAACAGAAUUAACCCCCAGUGAGAUUUCACAUCACAUAUAAGAUGUUACAACAUGCUUCUGUAAUAUUACUCUAAAAGGAAGUGUGGAGGAUUUUUUGAUUUUGUACUUCUUGCAUGUUUGUGAAUAAAGAGAGAUAAAAUAAAAGUAAAAUCUCUAUGU